GGUUGAGCAGUCCGCAGCGCCUGUGGGCGGAGGUUGAAUGGUGUAGAUAGCACUGUGUUUCACUUCCCUACGCAGCAGCAACACCGAUAGCGGCAGACCGUUAUUAUUAUUAUUAUUAUUAUUAUUCUUCUACUCCACCAUGGGUCUCGCAUACAAGCCAAAGCAGCGGAUCGUCUACCUUUGGGGUCGGAAAACAAUAUUCCCCUUUGUCAUCUUCCUGAUUUGUCAGGCUUGUGAGAUGAACGCCGAAGACAGCGGCAUCGAGGAGCUUACCACGGAGAAAGAGGCUGAAGAGAGCCACCGGCAGGACAGUGUUAAUUUAUUAACGUUCAUCUUAUUGCUGACAUUAACCAUUCUUACCAUCUGGUUAUUUAAACACAGGCGAGUCCGCUUUCUGCACGAGACGGGCUUGGCUAUGAUAUAUGGGUUGCUGGUCGGGGUGAUUCUGCGCUAUGGCAUUCCCUCCACCAGCUACCACAAGAAGACGCCCCCCAGCUGUGCCCUGACAGGCCGGCCCGUGAGCACGCUGCUGCUCAACGUCAGUGGGAAGUUCUUUGAGUACACGCUGAAGGGAGAGAUCAACUCCCGGGAGAUCCACAACGUGGAGCAGAACGACAUGCUGCGCAAGGUCACUUUUGACCCAGAGGUUUUCUUCAACAUUUUACUGCCUCCGAUCAUUUUCCAUGCUGGAUAUAGUCUUAAAAAGAGACAUUUCUUCAGGAACCUGGGAUCCAUCCUGGCGUAUGCUUUCUUAGGAACCGCACUGUCCUGUUUUAUUAUUGGAAAUCUCAUGUAUGGUGUCGUGAAGCUGAUGCAAGCUGUAGGACAGCUGUCUGACAAAUUCUACUACACGGACUGUCUCUUCUUUGGAGCCAUCAUUUCAGCCACUGAUCCAGUCACAGUCCUGGCUAUAUUUAAUGAACUCGGUGCAGAUGUGGACCUAUACGCGCUCUUAUUUGGAGAAAGCGUCCUGAAUGAUGCAGUUGCCAUUGUUCUCUCAUCGUCUAUUGUCGCUUACCAGCCUUCCGGAGGGAAUAGCCACACAUUCGACGCAGCAGCCUUCUUCAAAUCAGUUGGAGUUUUCCUGGGGAUAUUCAGCGGUUCAUUUGCGAUGGGAGCUGUCACUGGAGUGGUCACUGCUCUUGUCACGAAGUUCACAAAGCUGCACUGCUUCCCCCUCCUGGAGACGGCUCUUUUCUUCCUCAUGUCCUGGAGCACGUUUCUGCUGGCCGAGGCCUGUGGGUUUACAGGGGUGGUUGCAGUGCUGUUCUGCGGAAUCACUCAGGCACAUUAUACCUACAACAACUUAUCCGCUGAGUCGACCAUCCGAACAAAGCAGCUCUUUGAAGUUCUUCACUUCCUGGCUGAGAACUUCAUAUUCUCCUACAUGGGGCUGGCCCUCUUCACCUUCCAGAACCAUAUCUUCAGCCCCAUCUUCAUUGUGGGAGCCUUUGUUGCUAUCUUCAUAGGAAGGGCCUGCAAUGUCUAUCCCAUCUCCUUGGCCUUGAAUUUGGGAAGAAGGAACAAGAUUGGCUGGAAUUUUCAGCACAUGAUGAUGUUUGCAGGCCUGAGAGGAGCCAUGGCGUUCGCUCUGGCAAUCCGAGACACAGCCACCUACGCCCGUCGGAUGAUGUUCACAACGACUCUGCUCAUCGUCUUCUUCACAGUCUGGGUGUUCGGGGGGGGCACCACCCCCAUGUUGUCAUGGCUACACAUCAGCGUUGGUGACCCUACCGCAUCACAGGAGGAGGAGCCCGCUGGACAGUGGAGAUACUUCAGAGUUGGUGUGGAUCCUGACCAGGAUCUUCAGGGCUGCGGUGACAGCUUCCAAGUGCUGCAAGGGGACGGUUCUCAACCCGAAGGUGGAAGCAAAACCAAGCAAGAAAGUGCCUGGCUUUUCAGAUUGUGGUACAGCUUUGACCACAAUUACCUGAAGCCGAUCUUGACGCACAGCGGCCCCCCUUUGACUGCCACUCUCCCGGGAUGCUGUGGGCCUCUAGCUCGGUGCUUGACCAGUCCGCAGGCCUUCGAGAACCAGGAGCAGCUGAGGGGCACAGACUCUGACCUGAUACUGAAUGACGGCGACCUCACGCUCGCGUACGGCGACACGGCCAUUACUGCCAAUGGGGCCUCUGGAUCCCACUCUGCUUCCUCCGACACGAGACCCAAGAGCACCUCCGAAGAGGCUCUGGAGCGAGAGCUCGAGAUGGGGGACCCUGAGCUGAUCCAUCGAGGCACUCGCCUGGUGUUUCCCAUUGAGGACCAUGCUUGAGCUGAGCAGCAGGGACUACUGCCUCUUACCCCUGACAAUGAAGAAAUAAAGGACACUGGGCCCAGCCAGUUAAAAACUUUCAACUUGUUUUAGAAAAGGGUAGGGUGUAAGAGAACAGCAGCAUUUCAUUCCCACCAAGCUUAAUGUGAUAGGACCAUGGCACAUGUGUAUUGAGCAGUGAAGGAGAUACAGUACUUGGACUUGUUGUGACAACUUGUUUGAAAAAAUAUAAGAGUAAUGAUGAAACGCCCAUGGGUAUAUGAAAUGAGUUCAGUGCUGUGCCUCGGCUGAGGAAUGUGCUCCUGUGGGUUAGAAGUCAAAGAGGAACUGUUUAACUGAGCUAGAGAUCCACAUUUCAUUACAUUCAAGUGUCUAGCAGAAGAAUGCAUUUGUGAUGUCAGUCCGUCCUCAUUGUUAUUUUACAUUGCUGCCCAAAAAAAAAAAGAGACUGAGCCCCUCAAAGGAGGAACAUCUAGCUGCUGCAUUGUGAGCCAUACUGCACUUAAUCUCUACUAGCAAACUGGAAGCUCUGCAAUGUAAGCAUGAAGCAAACCCCAUUAAUGUAACCCCCUUUUUAAUGGAACCAGUGCUGUGGCUAAUAUUACAUCAUGUUGUUAUCGGAAACUCAAUUAUUGGAUGUUCCAGAAUGUAAGAACCACAGACAUCUUCUGACCCUGCUUUUAUCCCAGCAAGUUUAGUACAGUGUGUGUGCAUUAAUACAGUACAAGUCUGUGGCUAAUUUGCAGCUGUUUCUGUGUCUAAUAAACCUGAUCAGCGCAUCGCUGCAUACAAGAAGCGUGGGCCCAAUUCUAUAAAGCUUCAUCCAGGCAACAAGUGCUCUGUUGUGCAACAGCAACAACCACGAGAUACAAAGGGAAGCAAUUGAUCAUGCAGAAAUCUUGGUUAAGCUUUGUCAAUCCAAGCCAUCGUCUUAUUGUGUUGGGUGGAGACUUUGGAAGCCUAAUGCUAUUGUGCACUCGCCUUCCCCAUUUACAAACCCACUGCAGUUUAAAUACACUUCUCAAUGCACUGCAAUUGGCACGUCUACUGCGUGCUUGAGUUCGACUGCAGUCAGGGUGUAACUGGUUUAACAUCUCAAGCACUGCAUUGCAAUCCCAGCUGCACGCUGCAGUCAGGGUGUAACUGGUUUAACAUCUCAAGCACUGCAUUGCAAUCCCAGCUGCACACUGCAGUCAGGGUGUAACUGGUUUAACAUCUCAAGCACUGCAUUGCAAUCCCAGCUGCACACUGCAGUUAGGGUGUAACUGGUUUAACAUCUCAAGCACUGCAUUGCAAUCCCAGCUGCACACUGCAGUCAGGGUGUAACUGGUUUAACAUCUCAAGCACUGCAUUGCAAUCCCAGCUGCACACUGCAGUCUGCAGCCACAGCGAUCUGAAACAAACAACAUUCUCAAAGCUAUUCACUCCCAAGUCGUCCGGACGGAGAAACGCACCCAGUGAAGUUACUAAACCAGAUAUAAUCAAGUCAGACUUUAAUCAUACAACUUUGAAAGUAAUCAAGUUGUUUCUGAUUGGUUUUAAAUUUGUAAUGCCUGUUUUUUCAGAUAAAAUUGCGCUAAUGAUGACUUGGAGUAAAUAGGUUUGAGAAUCUAUCCCUGUGUGGUUGUUCUGUCCUCUCUUAAAGCACUUUAUAAUUGGACUGCAGUCAACUGUGAUGUCAUUGUGUCUCGUUCGCACAGUCCGUUACAUGAAUAUCCUGUCUAGUCCUCCUAUAUUGCAGCGUGUUCUAGCAGCUUUUCUUUUGAACCAAGUUUUUAAUAAUGUUAAUAAUCAGUGAAGGUAAAACAAUGAGGACGAGAGUUACCUGUAUCUUACGACUAACAAGAAUUUCAAUUUGUAUAUGUGUGUGUAGAAAUGUAUGAUUGCUAAUAUCUGUACACAGUGGGCUCCACAAAUAUUAGGAUAUUUUAUAUUAGAUUUUUUUUUUAUGUCUGCUUCAUGUCUGUAAACAGGAAUAUGAAGUUGUUUUAUUCUUAUAGAUAAUAGAAUGAAUAGAAGAGACAGUUUUUGUAACACUAUUUGCCAGUAAUAUCAGUACUACCUUACAAGAUAUACUGUAGGUAUAUUUUUCCACUUGGAUCUCUGGAAAUCGGUCUUUAUAUAAUCUCCAUCUCCUUAAUGAUUUAUUUUUAUUAACAUUCAUGGUUAUUAAAAGUACUAGAGCUUUGUGAGACAAAAAUAAUUCCAAAAGAUUAUUUUAUUUAUCUGUUACACAUCACUUUCAUUGUUGAAUAUUUUUUUUUAAAUGUGGGCCUUAGAAAUGUGGUUAAAUUCAGUGCUGCUGAAAAACCAUAGAAACUCAAUGUCCCGUCCCCCCACCCCUUGUGUUCAGUGCUCAUUUUUAUUCUCUCAUAGAAACUCAGUGGCCCCCCUUGUGUUCAGUGGUCGUUUUUAUUCUCUCAUAGAAACUCAAUGGCCCCCCUUGUGUUCAGUGGUCGUUUUUAUUCUCUCAUAGAAACUCAAUGGCCCCCUUGUGUUCAGUGGUCGUUUUUAUUCUCUCAUAGAAACUCAAUGGCCCCCUUGUGUUCAGUGGUCGUUUUUAUUCUCUCAUAGAAACUCAGUGGCCCCCCUUGUGUUCAGUGGUCGUUUUUAUUCUCUCAUAGAAACUCAAUGGCCCCCCUUGUGUUCAGUGGUCGUUUUUAUUCUCUCAUAGAAACUCAAUGGCCCCCCUUGUGUUCAGUGGUCGUUUUUAUUCUCUCAUAGAAACUCAAUGGCCCCCUUGUGUUCAGUGGUCGUUUUUAUUCUCUCAUAGAAACUCAAUGGCCCCCCUUGUGUUCAGUGGUCGUUUUUAUUCUCUCAUAGAAACUCAAUGGCCCCCCUUGUGUUUAGUGGUCGUUUUUAUUCUCUCAUAGAAACUCGGUGGCCCCCCUUGUGGUCAGUGGUCAUUUUUAUUCUCUCAUAGAAACUCAAUGUCCCGUCCCUCAACCCCUUGUGGUCAGUGCUCAUUUUUAUUCUCUCAUAGAAACUCAGUCGCCCCCCUUGUGUUCAGUGGUCGUUUUAAUUGUCUUUCGUGGUAGGGCUUCGUUUUCAGCAGUCUGAGCUAACAUUGCUAAGCAGUCAUGGAUCUUGUACUGCGUGUGUAUAAUAAUACACUUGUACUACAAUCGUUGUUUUAGAUAGCUAGUAGAAACUUCUUCUCUUGCACUAGCACCACCUUGUUGGAGCCAGUCGUACAUUUCUAUACACAACCUAAUGGAUUCCAUCUUUUAGAAGGGGAAUGUCCUUUGGGUAGAGUUGGCUAACUCCUCAGAACGAGACGGGGGCUUAGGACUGUGCAAUCAAUUUGUCCAUAGCUGCCUAUAGAUUUUAUACAAUGUUUUAUUGUCUGGUAUUCAUGUGGGAACCACCAGCCCCUCUCCCAACAAACAAUUCCAGGAGCCCUCUUCUUCUUCUGUGCUGUGUGUCACAAACCGUGUCCGUCUGUAAAUAUAGCAGUUCAAUCUUCCUGAUCAACUUUCCUUGUUUCCUUGAGUUGUUCUGCAUGUGUUAUAUCUCUGUCAAUAAAAUCUGUACAUCA